UGGUACUGAAGAGAGCCAGCCCUCCUCCCACAGAAAAUCAUGGUCAGAAUCGUUUGAGAUACCAUGGAACGCCAUGCCUGUCGACCUUCGUUCAGACAUCUCAGAUGGUAGGAGGCCUUCACCUACCUCACGACGGCAGAUGGUGAGAGUGAUAACAGAUGAGAUGAGGAAGUAUGAGCCAAACCCAACACGCUCGCAGUGCCUCACAGUUUGCAAAAAAGUUGUUCGUCAGUACCCAAACAGUUUCGCCGAUCAACUUCACAAUGGUCAAGUUCUGGGAAAUGGAUAUGCAUCACUCCUAAUCCAAGUAAAAAAUCGUAUCGACAACCUGAACCGCACCAGCAGCUUUCGACAGCACCGUUCAUCCAGCCAUGGAGAAAAGAGAGGACCUACUGACAUAUAUGGCUGUGCCAGAUUCCAGCCCAGCCUCCCACCAGACGAGAAUGAAAACACAGUAGAGACCAAACGUCAAAAACUAGAAGGGAUCUACAUUCGGGAUGGUAUAAAUGGGGCUGAGAGAGCAGAGGUAAAGCAGCUAAUGGAAACAACUUUCUAUCUGCAGCGGUGCCACAUAAAUGCUCUACCAGCACCAACCAUUGAGGAUUUAAGAACCAAGUGGCCAUACCUGUUCACUCAGAAAGGGCUCUAUGCUCACUUUGAGCAUCUCACUGAUAUCCCUGUGCUGCGUACACUUGAGCUUUCCAUGGCGGAGUUUGGUAGAACCAUUGUGGAACUCUUGAAGACCAAACCCACCAAUGCAGGAGUCAAUGAAGUUCUCUCUCUGGGUGAAGAUGUCCAGCUGUCAUUGCGUGUCAUCCAGCUUCUGAUGGCUCACUUCUCGGAGUCCAUUACAGGACUAAUCCUCCUUGCAAAGGAAUGUGCCACAGCAGCUGACAUUGAGAAGACAAUCUCCAUACCUGAAACUCCUCGUCUGAUACUGCUUGGUGAAAUGGCAGGAAGCUGUAUUCAGCGCUGGAUGAUCAGCGUUGAGGGCCACAUUAUAUGUGAGGGGAUCCAGCCCACAUUCUUGACGGGGCUUGCGGCAUUGUUUUCCUGCUUCUAUACCUUUAAUCUCCAAUACCAAGAAGAGGCAGCAUGCACACUGGAAUUCAUCCAAAGGCGCUUUGUUGGAAUAAACCCUGAAAGAGGGUCCAAGGCUGGACGGGGCAAAGUGGUCUCAAAGAGAACAGGCAAAGUCGCCAACAAAAAGACAUUGACCGUCAAUCCAAAUGUGUCCACCCUGCUGAGGAGACUGAUGGACUUCGAGUGGGACUUCAUUUAAGAUGCAUUUAACCAUGUGCCUUGUUGGAUCCUGAACAUACAGUUCUGUACAUGUCUGGUGGUGUUCAUUUUAUUUUUAUUUUUAUUUUUUUUAAAGAACCAUUAUUGACAAAACAUGUUUUAUUUAAUGUUCUUUUUCUUAUUUGUAUCACUGAAAUGUCUUAAGUUUGGGGAAUAUAUACAGUUUAUAUACGUUACGUUAUGUACGGCAAGAUAUCUGAGCGUUUUGUUGUAAUAGUUCAACUUUUCCUCAACGGCUCCACAAAGCAAGGUUUGCAAGAUUGCCAGAUGACUGCAUAACAACAAAUGAUGCAGUUUCUUCAAAUGAGCUGUUCUGCUCUCAACUGGUUUAGUUUUCUAAACAUUGUUUCAUAUUUUGCAAUAUUCAUAUUGUUAUUCAAAAAUGGUUAUACAGUUGAUCAUGUUAAAAUCUGUGAGCCUAAGUGCCUGCACUUGU